AUGCAAGAGGAAAGCCUCCAUGUCGUUAUUGUAGCGUCCGUACCAAAUAAGGACCAAACAGAAACCAAGAACCCAAUAGACACGAAUGAGCAAAACGAUGGCUCAUCUCAUGAGGGAGUAUUCCAGAGCUCCGUGGACAGCCCCACCUUCCUCAAAAAGCAAAAGAAGAAACUGACCGAAAGCCACGUGGGUUAUAAGAUCCAGGAAGCCAAGAAAGAAUCCACUGGCAAAUUUAGCCUACUUAGGAGGUUGUUCAUCAGCUUGGCCACGUCAACAUGUUUCACGUUUCUACUAACGAUGCUGAUGUUUAUACCUUUGUCAAAGGUAAUCAUUGGAUCUAUCUUUUUUCAUGAGUGCCCAGCCGAGCCGUUCAUCCCCGUCUACCUGGUCGUGGGUGGCACAGUGGCCUGUGCUCGAGACUUAAUCAAUAUAGGCAUGAGAUCGGUUCUCACCGAUAGGGCUUAUUUUGAAUACGAUGUACCCAUCACAAUCGCCGCCUUCCUCUACACAAUGGCGGAGUUCGCUUGGUUUGUUUAUGGCUCCGUCUUUGUGUACUCACUGUUCAACGACUUCCAGUGGAAGGACAAAAGUGCCGACAACUACUGCAGCUCUCUGCUGUACAUGUACGCCUUCGUGCUGACCACUAUGUCCUACUUCCUCCUCGUCAUGACGUGCAUCCUUUCCGCGGCCGCCAUCUGCGUGGCCUACUGUCUGGAAUUCCCCGGGAGUCAAGAGCAGCAACCGCUGGCCACUGUUGUUGUUGUGCAACCGCGCGGUGACCAGCAAAUACGAACUUCGGAACAACACAAGUAUCUGCCACAUCACAAUCAACAUCAGCUGCCACAACAGCAACAUCCAGAUCAACAGCAGCCAUAUCAGCAACAGCCAUAUCAGCAGCAGCAACAUCAGCAAGGUUAA